AUGGAUUCUACUGCUGUAGCGGCGGGUGAUGCGAGAAACAACAAUGGGUUAGCCGCACGUCAGGCCUUUACUAAAGGUGGAAAAGCCUUUGAUCUACUGGGACAUUUACAUUGUGACGUGUUCAAUCAAGAUAAGUUUUUGAUGAAUGGCGUAGAGCUACGCGUUCGUCUUAUCCGUGCUAAGGACGACUUUUGCCUUAUGGACGAUAGUGCCCUGAAUUAUAAGCUGCGUAUAGUAGAAGCCUCCUUGAUUGUUCGUCGUGUCAAACUUAGCCCUGGAAUUUUGAUAGCUCAUGCUAAAAAGCUUGCAAAGACAUCUGCGAAAUAUCCUUUGACACGGGUUGAGGUCAAAUCUUUUGUUCUCCAUAAUGGGAUUAUGGGAGAGACAAUAGACAAUGCGAUUUUGGGACAGCUGCCUAAAAGAAUCAUACUGGGAUUUGUUGAAAAUGCCAGUUUCAACGGCUCGAGGAAGAAGAAUCCCUUCAACUUUCAAAAUUUUGGGAUAAACUUUUUAUGUCUGAAUGUCGAUGGACGUCAAGUACCUACAAAACCUCUGCAGCCAAGUUUCACCUCUGGCGUCUGCCUAGAUGUGGAAGCAUUCAACACACUAUUUGCUGGUACUGGAACACAUUUCAGUGACCAUGGAAAUAGCAUAUCUCAUGCGGGCUAUUCCCAUGGAUUUUGCUUGUUCGCGUACGAUCUGACCCCUGAUUUAUCUGCAAGUUCCGCUGGCCAUUGGAAUCUGGUGAAAAGUGGAAGUAUUCGCAUUGAAAUGCAUGCAUUGGAGGUGUCUACCCUGCCGACCAUUUCCCUUGGACAUGGCUCCGACCCGGUGCUAUGA